CCAUCUCAACAUAACAUUUAAUCAAUCUCUCAAACCAUGACAUCCGCAAAACCCUCAACGCCACCGUCGUCAUCUAACUACCCAUACGACGCUAUUCCUUCAUCUCCCCAACCACCACAACCACCACAAAUCUUCAUCCUCUUACCUUUCUCCUCCACCUCCGGCCACCGCACAUGCCGCCGUUACAUCUCCUCCGCCAUCACCGUCCUCCUCCUCGCCGCCGCCAUCUACUUCCUCUGGCCAUCCGAUCCGUACAUAAAAGUCGUCAACCUCCGCCUCGAUCGCCUCAAAGUACACGCGGCUCCUGUCUCACUCGAUAUCGAGCUAGGUGUUCGAAUCAAGGUGCGGAAUCCAGAUGUUUACUCGCUUGAUUAUAAGUCGCUUAAUGUUUCGGUUGAGUAUAGAGGUGAACAGCUAGGGUUUGUGACGUCGGAUGACGGAAGCGUGAAGGCGUUUGGUACUUCGUAUGUGGAUGCCACGCUUGUGUUAAACGGAGUUGAAGUGAUUUCUGAAUCGAUUCAUUUGAUUGAGGAUUUGAUUAAAGGUUCGAUUCCGUUUACGACGACUUCGGAGAUUCGCGGUGGUCUUGGAAUUCUGCUCUUUAAUCUUCCGAUUGAGGCCAAGUUAUCAUGUGAGGUUGUCGUGAACGCGCACAAUUCAACAAUUGAACGACAAGAUUGUUAUCCCGCGUGAGCUAAUGCUAGUCUUGUUUGUGAUCAGUGAUGCACCAGCAAAGACUAUUGUGGCGGCAAAGAAUCAGGCUAUGUUAUAAGCUAAGGUUUUUCGGUAAAUGUUCGUUAAAUUAGUCUCACAUUUCUGCUUCUGUUCUUUGGUGAUCAUUGACUCACAUCUGCUUCAUAUGAUAACUGAUGUAAAUAUAACAUUACACACUCUGGUUUAUAUGCUGUUAUUAGGUUUACACGGUACUGAUUCCUAGUCGUCUUAAUCAUUCAUAUGUAUUCCUGCAUGAUAAGAUUUGUGAAUAUUGAUCACACCGCCUGUUAGUGGAUAGUGUAGUCGUGUUUAGGGUUUCAAACGGCUAGAACCGAGCUCGACAAGGCUCGACUACGCUUGAACUCAACAUAAUAGCUUGAUGAACCGUUGUGAUGCAAGUUUGGGCUUGUCUCGAGGAAGAUUCAAGCUUGAUUUGAGACUUCGAGUAGCUCGGAUAUUUUAGAUAUUGUAAGAGAAAACUAUGCUCGCUUAUGCAAGCUCGAUAUAAGCUCUAUGUGAGAGCUUGAUGUAGUUCGUUCCGAGUGAACUUGAACUUGAAUAACUUGAUAAAAAUUCGACU